UUUUCUGUGUACAUUAAUUUUCAGGAUAUUUAAGGUUAUGAAUUGCUAAACAUAGCCUUACCAUCAUUUCUAUAUAAUAAUAAUGAGCUAAUUUAAAAAUAAGUGGCAAGGAAACACAGAAAAGGGUAGCCUUUGAUAUUUAGGCUAUAAUAAUACAAUUAUUUUAGAGAGUUUUUUUUUCUGUUUGUGAUUCUGAAAUAAGCUAGGUACAAAAACACAAUGAUUUCGUCUUCACCUCUAGCUGUAUUCGUGUUUUAUGCUACUCUCAUGUUGAUUGGUGCCUUUGCCUCAGACUCAGAGUACAAAUAUUCAGAAACAGAUAAAUGGGGAAGCAUUGACCCACGCUAUGCAGUUUGCUCGACAGGCAAGAGGCAAUCCCCCAUUAAUAUAAAAACCAAUGACGUGGUUGUGAACAAAACAAUGCAACACUUGACCAGAAACUACCAUGUUUACAAUGCUACAUUGUGCACUGAUGGCAUUGAUGUUCAGGUUUCUUUUAGUGCAAGAGGAGACUUGAUAAUUGAUGGCGAGACUUACAAAUUGAAGCAGAUGCAUUGGCAUACUCCUUCUGAGCACCGCCUUAACGGUGUCCAAUAUGCGGCAGAGCUACACCAAGUACAUGCAGCUGAUGAUGGCAAGCGGGCAGUUGUCGGGGUCUUUUUCAAGUAUGGCAAACCUGAUCCUGUUCUCACCAUGCUAAAACCAGAAUUGGAUGAACUAGCUAAGGAACCUUGUCAACGUAAAGAAAGAAAGGUUGAUAUCCCAAUGUUUGACUCAAGCUUCUUGAAGAGAUGGCCCCGCAAAUAUUACAGAUAUCCUGGGUCUCUUACUACUCCUCCCUGUGAUGAGAAUGUCAUUUGGAAUGUUCUUUCCAAGGUGAAAACGAUUUCAAAGGAUCAAGUUGAAGCUUUAAAGGCUCCUCUUUGUGAGGCCUAUAAAAUCAAGAAUGCUAGGCCUACACAACCGCUUAAUGGAAGGAAAGUCCAAACUUAUGAUGGCAAUUAGCAUGGCCAAGGCUGGCCACAUAUAGUGGUGUACUUAGCUUUAACCAGUGGCCGUGUAAUAACUAAUAAGUUGAGUAAUGCCAUGUUUAUUUGAUUAAGAGAACAACUUCGAGCCCGAGUAUUCACCUGAGUUGAUAAUUUUGUUUAGAUCUAAUCCAAGUUUGGUUCAUUUCGUCUUCAA